UAUCAGAGUGACUCAUCUUCAUCAGGAUUUCUUAACAACGUCAUGUUUGCAUGUAGGAUGAGUUAAUAUGUUUCCUAGAAAAGAUAAUAACUCCAGGAUUCUGAGGAAUGACGCAAAGGAAUGCAUGCUAUGGUAUGCCUGCACUGUGACGCAAGCAACUACAGUAUGUUCUUCUGAAUGCUCAGUGUUUGAAUACUUCUUCAGGAAAUAUCAGGCAGUUGUAGUAUCACCUUGGUCAUUGUUUAUAGCAGUGAGAUGUUGAUCACUUUGAGAGCAUUGAACAAUGAGAAAGUCUGCUACAAGAAGACGAAUGUCAAAGAUUAAAGUGAUGCCUGAUACAGUAACUGCAUUACCAGUGUGCCAUAUCAAUAUCAGUAACAACAACAACAGCGGUAUUAGCUGUAAUUACAAUGUCAGACAAUGAAGACGAUGUCAUCAUAGACAACCAUGCCACAGUUCAUCUAACUUGCCGAAAGUGUGGUGCCCACGAUUGUAUUAACUCAAACACACCACUAGGUGGCACCAUGAUCAGAACCACCUGUCUGGAGGUCAAGUCUCAAGAGGUUCAAGGCCAUGUCAUGACCUCAGAGGUCAAAGGUGAAAAGGUCAAUGGAUAUGAUGUACAGUGCAAUACGACUAUUAAACCUUGCUCAAAGAUGAUCUCGGACAAUCCGGUUAAUCUGGCUCUCGCAAAAGAGCAGCCUAAAGAUAGUACCACUCAUGGUAACGGCAUUGCCACCCCUCCUGUUAGUUAUCCAGAAAAUGCAGAUUUACAUAUAAGCAAGGAUCAAAACCUGGAAAGAAGUAGUGACAAUGUCAUUGGCGUAGCCACGCCCAGGCAGAUGUGCACAGAAUGUGAGCCUCAGGUGCACUGUGCUUGUAACUUGAAAUCCCCUCCCCCAGUCACUAGGAGGGUGAGCUUCAGUCUUGACGACGAUGUGCAGCGGCCGAGGAAACGGGAGUCAAACGAUUCAGCGGGACCACAAGAUGAGGGACACUUAAACAGUGCAGCCCUGACCAAUCACAAGCCUUCUCAGACUUCUCCAAGCAAAGACCACUUAAAAUUGAAUUUAGAAACAUUGGAAUUAAACCCCAAGGACGAGAACGCCUUGGUGCAAAAUGAUAAAAGUCAUGGGAGCAAGCAAGAUACCCUUCACCAUCACCAUCAUCACCACCAUCAUCCCCAUCACCAACACCAGAGGUCACCACAGUCACAUGGCCAAAAGACAAAACUAAAAAAGGCGCAGGGCAAGCAGUCCUGGCUACUGAGGCUCUUUGAGUCCAAACUGUUUGACAUGUCGAUUGCCAUCACAUACUUGUUCAACUCGAAAGAGCCAGGGGUACAGUCUUAUAUAGGCAACCGUAUGUUCAGCUUUCCCCCAGAGAAUGUUGACCUAUAUCUGCCACAGCUACUUAACAUGUACAUCCACAUGAGGGAUGUGGCGGAGGCUAUUCAUCCUUAUAUCAUACACAGGUGCAGAGAGAGUGUUGAUUUCUCACUGAAGGCAGCGUGGUUAUUAACAGCCUACUGUGCUGAUGUCAUUGGGAAACCAUCAUGGCGGAACUCUCAGGGCGUGAAGCUGAAAAACAUGAUUAUGAAUGAGGAAAUUAGGCCUCGCCACCCUAAGGCUCAGUCUGACCUCCCUAGUCCCUCCCACAGCCACACCCACCCCCUGUAUCCCCUACAUCACCACCAUCACCACCAGGCUGGCUCCCCGGGGACACCGUCUAAGAAAACACAUAAGAGAGCCGUGUCUGAUGUCACUGGAUGUAGUCUGCAGCCCACACCCCUGAAGAGGAGCAGCAGUCUGACCAGCAUGCGCAGUAUGUUGGGAGAUCUCUCGUCAGGUCGCGCUUUCGACAGCGGCUGCAAGUGCCACGAGAGUUCCGAGGGUGUGUUUAAUGACCUCAUUGGGAAGAUGACAGAGUGCCAUUGUGAUGCCCCACGUCUGCUCCCAGAACUGGAGUUUGUCAAAGCCUUUAUCAAUAUUGGGAAGAAAUUACAGACACUACAGACAAAAGAGAUGAGGACUGCUCGCCUCAUAGCAGACUUGGCCUCGAUGAACUUGAACCUGCCCGCGAGGAUCUGGCUGCCCAUCCACUCCAAUACCAACCACCAUGUUGUCAGGAUCCCACAGACAUUUGCUGUGGUCCUCAACUCUAAGGAGAAGGCCCCAUACCUAGUGUAUGUAGAAGUCCUGGAGUGUGAGAACUCCCACACAGCCCCAGUGCCCUCUAAGAUCCUAGAGAACACCCUGAGGUUUACCAAGUCUGAGGAGGAUCUCACCCUGCACUACGCCAACUGUUCCCCCAGGUCUGACUUUAACCUGUACGGAAUGUCCAAUGAUUUUGAUGACGCAGACUGCUGGUCGCAGGAAGAUGAUGAUAUUUUACAGUUUGCAGCAAGGUCUAGGUCCAGCGACACGCUGUCUCAAUUCUCCAUGGAGAGCAGCAAUAGCGUGGACAGCAAGGAACCUGUUUAUAUUGCAGCUGGUGACAUUCGCAGGAGGCUUACAGAGAACAUUGCUGCCCCAAAGACUAAAUUUGAGAGGGACCCUGAAGACCCGUCUGCGGCCGCCCUUAAGGAGCCAUGGCACGAAAAGGAGAGAAGGAUUAAGGAGUCGUCCCCUUAUGGUCACCUCCCGAACUGGAGGCUGCUGUCAGCCAUUAUCAAGUGUGGAGAUGACCUGAGGCAGGAGUUGCUGGCAUUCCAAGUUCUGACACAGUUACAGAACAUCUGGACGCAGGAGCGAAUUCCUCUGUGGGUGAAACCCUACAACAUCCUGGUGCUUUCCAACGACUCUGGCAUGAUAGAGCCUAUCGUCAACGCAGUCUCGCUACACCAGAUUAAGAAACAGAGUAAAAUGUCUCUGAUGGAAUACUUUGUGCAUGAAUAUGGACCUCCUAAUAGUGAAGAGUUUCUGGAGGCCCAGAGGAAUUUUGUCUCAAGCUGUGCUGGUUAUGCCCUUGUUUGUUACCUGAUGCAGGUGAAGGACAGGCACAAUGGCAACAUCCUCCUGGAUGCAGAGGGACACAUCAUCCACAUAGACUUUGGUUUUAUCCUCUCCAGCUCUCCCGGGAAGAACCUAGGCUUUGAGAACUCCCCUUUCAAGCUCACUUAUGAAUUUGUGGAGGUCAUGGGUGGUUAUGGCAGUGACAUGUUUGAGUAUUUCAAGAUUCUGAUGCUGCAAGGUUUUGUGGUGACAAGAAAACAUCUGGAGAAAAUAUUAAACAUGGUGGAGAUAAUGCAGACAGGUUCUCAGCUUCCGUGUUUUGGCAAGGGUAUCAGCACAAUCCGUGCUCUGAAGGAACGUUUUCACCUCAACCUGACGGAGGAGCAACUGCAGCUCCUGGUGGACAACAUGGUGGAAUCCAGUCUCCACUCCCUGACCACUAAACUCUACGACGGGUUCCAGUAUAUCACCAAUGGAAUUCUAUAAAAUUAAAGAAAAAAAAAUGAACAAAAAAAAAAAAAGAAAGUCUGUGUCUGCCAACUUAUCCUAUGUAAACUUAUCCCUUGUGUAAAUUUGAGGAAUGGAAAAAGAAGUCUGACUCAAAGGGAGGUUGUAUUUCAUCAGUGAUAUAAAAUGGUUCAUGUUAUUGAGAAUUCAUAGAUGAGGUCAAGAUUCUUAGGCUAUUUUAAAAGCUCUAAAUGAGGGUAUAAUUUGAUUAUAAUAGAUGCAUCUCAGUAGUUCUAAGGCUCAGUUGUACGAGGCUCUAAAUGGGCUUUUUUUUCUGCACAGAUUUUCACCUUCAAACAUAAUAGGAUUCAAAAUCUGGAUUCAAAAUAUAUUUUUGAGAUUUAAAAAAGAUACAAAAGAAAAGCGAGAAAAAAAUGUCCUAGUUCAGCCUUUAUGUGCCAUUGAUUGACAGACUUCUAGGAAAAGGAUAGAUUGCAAGAGUGGCUGCACUUAUUGGCAGUUAAGCUUUUUUUUUGUGAUUGGCUCCAGAAAAGAAAAUAAGCCCAGAAUUUGGUUUAAAAUUUAAGACAAAAACUUAUGCAAUACUUUGAGUUCAAGAUAUCUUCACUGCACUUAAGUUAUCAUAGCCAAAUCUUUCUUGUCAUAAAACGGACAUAAUAUUUGGUUAAUUUGGACUUUUAUUGGUUUGGCUAGGGUCACAAAUUUUCGUCAAGAAGGUUAGACGAAUUAUUGGGCUAAAUAUUUAUGUGAAACUAACCCCUUUUCAAAAUUGAGGCAUGUUCACAGUAAGACUUACUUGGGCUAAAAUUUGGUUUGCCAAUUAAAAAGUAUUCUAGCCUAAAGACCCAAAA